UGCUUGGGGAUUGACCAACAAGAUUCGAAUCUAUCAAUAGAAAAGCCACACUUUGGCAUGUGAAGGUUCAUUCAUGUGCAUCCUUCAGGAGAAUCAUGAAUUGUGAGAUAUUACCAAUACCAAUACAGAGUACCCCUUGGCGAGGAAGCCCCUGGAGAAUCGGGAACUUUGAACCCUAUGAUCGUGACGAGCUCGAUUCUCCCGAACUUGGCGCGAAGCCAGCGAAUCUUGCUGGGACAUGCCAUGCCACCUCUUGACUUAUCACCCCAGUCAUGCCAUGGAUGGAUGGAGGACGAAUGGCAUCAAUGUUAUCGAAACACCCACGGCAACUCCAUUACAACCCUAUCUCGAAGCAGUCGCUUUUCUAUAUACUCACGUCUUCAGCCUCAUUCAUGACUGGCUUGACUGUCUACUUCUUCUCGCUUCCUCAUCCCGAUACUAACUUAUACUCCACACCCCAUUCUCGCCAGAUCCUGGUUCCCGAGGCGCUGCAGCAGAGCCUAAUUGGAGAUGGCCGUUUGAACUUUGAUGUACUGUAUGUAGAUGCGUGAUGUGCGUUGCAUAUGGACCCGGAUACCAGAUGAUUCCAUCCAGAGCCUCCCUGCCAUGGGUUGCAGUUCCCGCAACCGUUCUUUGGACUUGCAGCAUGGCCCUGCGCUGAUUGAUACCUGUGAGUGCGAGGGCUAGAUAGAGACCACCAGGUUGCAGCAUCAACAUAUAUUUCACCUGAGCUAUAGAUGAUAUGCGACGGGCCGCCUCAGAGGAUCAACGAGUUUGGGUUGAAUAGGGUGUGAGUAUGAUGCCUUGUGAUUUCCGAAUGGCUUCUCUUGCAGGAAUCAUAAUCAUUUCAUUUGCAUGGGCUAUUACUUCUCGCCACCGUUUUAUACAGUUGGCGUUAGAAUUCGCCAAAUAUGUCUCAUCACACGCUCGGGUUGCUUUGCAUCUCGGUUUCUUUGUGGAUUUUGCGAUUCUCCGCCGAGUGCACCCUGUCAUCAAUUUGGCAAAUUCUUUCUUCCUUUCUCAAAACAAACUGCCAUCUUUUCAACCAGAGUUGAUAAGCUUCCAGCUUGGGUACUACUUCGAUCCCUCAAAUUCAUCAGAUGCUGCGAAGAUCGUAUGGCACCGUGCCUCCAUGGUAUUGUGUUUUGGUAUCUUGCUGAUAAUGCAGCGCAACCAUGGCUUGCAUUUGCAGACAUGGAUGAUUUACAGUGUAUGUAUGUAUGUAUGGCCUGGCUGAAGGAAGGAUGUGCGUAUGGUAGAUCGGUCAGGGGAAUUUGCGUGGGAUGGCAGCACCCCUACCUGCGCAUAGGGUUACGGAAUACCACACCGAGGUCGCCUAGAUUUCGAAGUAACCCUGGAUUUUGGGUCGGGAUGGCGGAAAGACCAGGGAGCCCAAGCUGUUAUGGAAGCACAUCACUGAAAGAGGAAGAGAAGAGGAGGAGGAGGAGGAGGAGGAGGAGGAGGAGGAGAAAAGAUGCUCAACAAGGAUGCUAAAUUGAAAUUUGAUAUCACGACAUGACUAACACUUAACUAACACUGACAUUGACAAUAUGCAGCCACACUACAGAGCCCACAGCAUGUCCUAGAAUGUGUGUCUUGCAAAAACGUGUGCAGAAGAACCCCGACCUGAAUAAUCUGUCUUGUCAUUCGCUGUCGAUUUGAAUGUGUCUCACAGCGAUUGAUUUGCCUCUGCCAUGGCUUGGUUCUUCCAAGUUACACAACAAGGCGCGCGUCAGCUCCAAUGCAUGCGCGACGCACUACAUACACUACACUGCAGACUGCAGUCCAACGGUCAUGCCGUGAAACCAAAAGAGUGCGAGGAUGCAGACCAGAGCAGCCUGAGAGGGUGUGUCUGCGUUGUUCAACUCGAAGUCAGGUGUCCGGACGUAUAAUGAUAACGGUGUCCAAGAUAAGAUGCCGGCGCUGAUGAGAUGGGCAACACAACCCGUUUCCACCAGCGACCGUGAGUGUGAGUGUGAGUGUGAGUGUGAGUGGGAGUGGGAGCAGGGAUGCCAGGGGAACGUUCAUGCUCCUACAUAUGUACGAGUUCAAGUGUGAGGGGGUGCCACGUCUUGACCUUGUCAGCCACGCAUGGCGCCUUGUGAGCUUGUUUUGCUCACGAAACAACCAAAUGGAGGAGGAGGACUUUUCAUAAUUUGGAUGAACCGUCGAUCUGCCAGGAUAAUUCCCAAACUGCGUUGACCGGCUGCAAGCAAAUCUGUUCUGGUUCUGUCAUGUUCUGCUUUGUAACGGUUCAAAGGAUCCCCGCAGGACUCGUUAUCGCGGCUCUCUCUCUCUUUCUCUCUCUACUGCACACUGACUUAUCAUCUAGUCUAUCAUGAGAGCGUCAUCGUGCCUGAAUGGAUCACGGUAAAACUCACCCAGCCACCAAUUGGCUUGGCUUGGCUGGGGGUCUUGGUCUUGGAGACGACAAGAUAUCAGCGAUAAGUACUGUAAGCGCCUCAUUAUCGACGGCCAUAUCCCGACGAAUGCGACCCUGUUCUUGACUGUACAGUCAGUAGAGGAGAGUAGAGUUGCAUUCGUCUCAAAUCUAGGCGCUUUGGUCUGUUCUUUUUGAGUUUCCGGCCUCGUACUGCAUUUGAAUAGAAUAGUGACCAACACACAACGCACCGCACCGCACAAGGGAAGACCCCUCCGGCCGUUCGCCCGGCCGACAAAGUCCCACCCCGGGGUCCGAGAUCUACCGGCGCCAUCAAUAUCGACAUCGACCGACCCCCGUCUAAGCCCUCUCGGCAAAGGCAACCUCACGCGGUAGACGGAAUGAAGCGCAAAACAUUCUCUUUGCUGGAGCGACAUCGCGCACAUCGUAGAUGAGCACCUCGCCUUGGUUCUCGGGAUCACCCGGUCUGAGUAAGACGCCAAUCUCUUUACGUAUCCGCUCGCAGAUGUCCAUGAGGGGUGUCUCGUCAUCAGCCUUGACUGAGAAGCAGUGAACGUGCACCAUGGGCAGCUUGGUCUCGGUGUGAGGCUCAAAUAGCUCCUCGUGGCCGUGGUACAGACCGCGGUAAUUGUGUGUGAACUCAAUUGCGGAUGCCGGGAGGUUCAUGACAAAAUGUGAGAUCGUUGGUGGCACGGGCACUCGGACAGGCUCCGGGGGCGGAGCCGUAGAGUUUCUUGGUUGCCUCGGAGGUUUGAUCACGGCACAGUCGCCGCGCUUUGAUGCCUCCAGGACAAGGUUUGCGGAUGUGCGGAUGAAGUCGUGGCCAUCGUAGUUGAAGGGCUUGACAAACUCCGAGACCUGCAUCUAAAUGUUAACGUUGAACCAUUGUGAGAGACGACAGUGACUAUGAGCUCACCUUAUUCCUGCGGAUCGCUUCCUCAAGGUAGCGGUAGCUCUCUGGGUUCUUGUCGUUGGCCCAGACAAAGACGCCCUUCUUGCCAGCCGGUACCGCAAAGGGUCCAAUACCAGCCAUGACAUCUGCAACAACCUCUCCAGGCUUGAAAAGUCCUGCAAUCCGUUUGUGCUCCGUGUCGAGCUUGCUGUUCCAGUAUACCUUGGAGUAGUCGAACUUGAAUACGCAGCCGGCCUCGCUCACCUCCACGUUCAUAUCAUCGGGACCACCAAGGACUUCGUAGGCAAAGGUCCUGAACUCGUUCUCUGAACCGACAUUAUCGAUCUUGUUGAUCACGGUUUUGAUGUGAGGGUUCUUGUCUAGAAGCACUUGGGCGAUAAUGUUCUUGUAAGGUAGGUACUGAUCACGGAUGUUGAGGUGGGCUGCGUUUAUAUGUUAAUAAGGAUGAUGGUUGUUUGAUGAGUGAGGAGCAUACCGACGUGUCCCACGGUGUUGAAGCCACUUGGGAUUUCCUCGUGAAGUUCAUCUGGAAGAAUGGAUUUCAUAACAUCAACUCGUACUUGUCAGUGUUCGCUUGUCAAUGAGGCUUGUGUGCAUACGUACGAUAAGACCAAGAGUCAUAUCCAAUUUCAAUAUCAUACGGUACCACCUUAAUAUCACCGACUUUCGAGGCUUCUUUGAGGAUGGGACUCCAUGUUUCUGGAGCUAUUCUUCACGAUUAGCAUACUUAACAACCAGUCCAUCGAACGUUUCACAACUUACACGCAGGCUUAAUCUGAGGAGCCAACACGAUACAUUUUUUGCCUUGAGAAGCAAGUGACGGGUCUGGAUCAGGCAAGACGGGAUUAUAUCUCUCCAUAAACAAAACCUCAUUGGUCUUCUCAAGCUCCUUUCUAUACUUGGACAGCAGCUUAUUCUCCUUGAUAGAAGCCGCCGCA